AUGGAGAUCUCGGAGGGAGUUAUCCGCCGAGGCCGUAUGGAUCUCCAUAAUUCUUCAGUUGAUACGAAACCCGAAUUCAAUAAUCAGAUAAAUACUUGGAUACAAGACGACAGUAUAAUUGAAAGUGACUUUUCAGUGACUUUUAAUAAUAAUGAUACUAAUAAUAAUAAUAAUAAUAAUAAUAAUAUGGAAAUAGAAAUAAGCAAAUCUUUAGAAAUUGCAACCAAAUUUGAUACGAAAACUCUUUGCACGUUUUUUUCCGCCUCAAAAUCCAUUAAAACAUUGCAGCUUAUAAACAAAAUUAAAGCGUAGAAAAAAUUAACCAGAAUCAACCAUAAUUACAUAUCUUGCAUGGGAGUCGUGCUUUAGUGACGGUCUUCAGUCGGGACACUUACGAUCGAGAGUCUCAAAAUUUGACUUUCCCGACAAUUUUGUAUCCAAGAAUUCAGCGCAAAUAAAAAAUUCACGAUGUAGACUUUUGUAAAAAGACAUGAGGCGUUGAUUUCAGGGAUGACAGAUUUUGCUCAUUUAAACGAUUAUAUAUUGUUUAAAUUGCAAAAUCUGCUCAAUACAUGACACACUCGAGGUUUUGACCGAUCAUUCAUUAAUGAAAUCACGGAGUGCUGUCUUCUAUUCCCUCGGCAAACUUGUACACAGAAUCACGAUUUCCCAAUUUGGUACAACUGUGGCUUAUAUAAUUAAAGUAUCGCUGUAAAGCACGAUCUACCAAAUAAAAAACAACUCCCCUAAGCUUCCAUCAUUUCACAAGGUCUCUGUAUAAAUUGUAUCUAAUAAAUCGCCUCUAAAACAGCAGAGAUAUAAGCGUUUUAAAAGAUGUAGCACGAGCAAAAUUUUGCCUUAUGAAUUUAUUUAUGGAUAGGUGUCGUCUUCGGCCCUAAAGAGCCAAUGAAGACAAAACGUAAAGCAGAAAUUGUUUCUAUAACCGUGUUUUCUAAAGUAUUAAGCUUAGAUUAAAUGUCAUGUCCACAAAUUUGGAAUAUAGAGAAAACGAGAAAGUAGGCAACAGGCUAUCGAAGCUCAACGAGAAAAAGAUCUGAGCGACAGAGGGCUAGGACGGGAGAAAAAAAAAACAAAGGAGACGAACAGGCCCUUCGCAGCUAGCCAUUCACGUGGUACAAAACCGCCAUGUUGGAGAGCAGAAGUCGCACUGAGACAAGACAAACAAAAGGCAUACAUAAAUUUAAAUGGUAAUUUCCUUUGUUUGUCUUUUACUCAGUAAAGAAACUGGGAAAGAAAGAGCGGAAACCGAUAGCCAUAUAACUGCAGAAUGCAAGAAAUUAGCUCAAAACCAGUAUAAAAACUGGAGACACGACAAGGUUGCUCAAGUUCUCCACUGGAAUCUUUCCAAAAAAUUUAAUCUGCAGUGCAGCGAAACCUGGCCUGGUAAUGACCAUUUUCUGGAGGCAGUGAUGGAAAAUUACGUUUACCAAGUGAAGUUACUGUGGGAUUUCAGAAUUCAGACGGCUGAGACAGAUUCCCAUUUAGACCACAAUAGACCUGAUAUUGUAGUUCUCGAAAAGAAAUGAAGGCGGUUCUUCAUUGUCGAUGUAGCUUGCCCUUUCGAUACACGGGUAGCAGAAAAACAAAAGGAGAAGAUCCAGCACGCAUCAGGACUUAAAAGUGGAAGUGCAAUCUGGAACUGCAGAAGUGUAAUAUCUGUGACUCCUAUUGUAAUUGAAGCUCUUGGGACUGUGAGUAAACACCUAAGGGUGUGGAUCAGCAAGUUGGGAACACCUGGAAUCAUUGAUUGCUCCAGAAAGCUUGUUUGUUGCUGGGAGCAGCUAAGAUCCUAA